UUUUCAUAGUAGCGGCGCAGCAGGUGAACACGAUUGAAGCUUACGAUGGCAAGGAUUAAGGUUCAUGAAUUGAGAGACAAGUCGAAGAGCGAUCUUCAGAAUCAGCUUCAGGAUCUUAAAGCUGAGCUCGCUCUCCUCCGUGUCGCUAAAGUCACUGGUGGUGCUCCCAACAAGCUCUCCAAAAUCAAGGUUGUCCGCAAAUCCAUCGCUCAGGUUUUGACAGUGACAUCUCAGAAGCAGAAGUCUGCUCUCAGAGAGGCGUACAAGAACAAGAAGUUCAUUCCUCUUGAUCUCCGUCCCAAGAAGACCCGUGCUAUCCGUAGGCGUCUCACCAAACAUCAGCUCUCUUUGAAGACGGAGCGUGAGAAGAAGAAGGAAAUGUAUUUCCCAAUCAGGAAGUACGCUAUCAAAGUUUAAGUCUAGCUACUAGAAACUCUGUUUCAGCUUUUGUUCUGUUUGAUGGAAACUUGUUUUUGUUCUUCACUUGUUCUAUUGUGACAAAACAUUUUCAGCAACAUGGAUUUUGUUUCCUAUUG